AGUGGACCUGCCACUGGGCGUCCUUAUUCGAUGUCUUCGGCAGGAGACACUUUCCAGUAUGGCGGCCAGGUGAACGUUUUGGACGAGCGCACCUUGCGUCUACUUUACUGUCAGAAUGCAUCCAGGCCGCACCUUCUGAUGGCCCAGAAGUUCCGCUUCGAUGCAGUAACCACCCAGGAGAACGGUGACGAAAUCCCUGGCCUGCUGCACUGUCUUUUUGUGGAGCGACGGGACGGGUUCGUCAUGCAUCUGAAAGUACAACGCGAGUGUCAUUUGAUGUUCUUGCUGGACUCCUUGGUGAUCCAGGUGAACGGGAAGCUUCAGCGAGAAGGACUACGUCUGGACCACGGCAUAGUGCGUUUCCGAAAGCUAUUAGAUGAUGAAAAGAGUAGCUCAGACGGGAACAGAAUGCAGACGCAGUGCGCCUUCAAUGACUCCCAUGGCUUAAUGGUCUGGUUGUUGAAUCAGUACCGAAUGAGGGCUGACCUAAGUACGGGACCGGGUCAUGAAGCUCUAGAGGUGGAAUACGUCGUGGAGCAGGCCGAGAGAGGUGUGCAAUUCUCGGUCCGACUGUAUGUGCUCUUAGUGGCUAUGGAGGAGCUGAGCGUUACCUCAAUGUGUGGACUUCGCUGCUAUUUCAGCGACGACCUUAUGACAUCUUCGCUAGUAGGAACUGAACUGAUCUCCUUCAUGCAGCACGCCGUAAAUCAGCCGCGCAGCCAUCCUUUAUACAUGCUCAUGUUGGUCCAUGUGUUAGCCAGAAGCUCUCAGAUGGAUGCCAAGAAUGUGCAACUUCUGAGUCUGGCCCAUUUGGCGACUCAACAGCGAUCUCACCAAACAGAUACCACGGCUUCCAGCACCUCGUUUGCCCAAUUGCAUCAGUUAGAGAACUGCCAACGGGAGAUCAAUGAUCGUUUCAAGAUGGUUCACGGGUGUUUGCUCCAGUACAUCCAGCAGGCGGAACAGCUGAAGCGCUAUCGACAACGAUUCGACGAGCAGUUGGCCCAAUUCGAGGGCCUGCUGCAUCAAAUAGCCGACACUGAAUUUGGACAAAUGCUGCAGGCAUCGCAGGCGAACCUUAAGCAGAUGACAGACCUGAUGGACAAUCAUUCGUAGAUUUAAGCUUUCAAACCAAACAUUUAACUGCAGAAUUCAUGUACUCGUGAUCGCUAGUGUAAGCC